AUGGCAAAAGAUGAAUUACGAUUUGAAUCGUCGUCAUCAAACAAGACAUAUGAUUCAAAAGACAAUGAUUUAAUUCCACCCACAACGUGUUGUAUGUCUAAUUGUGCUAAUUGUGUCUGGUUUACAUUUGCCGAAGAAAUUGCCGAACGAUAUCCACAUGCAAGCAUCGAAGUUAUCGAUGAUGUUUUAAAAAAAUAUAUUGAUGAUCAAAGCUUUCGUGAAUUUCUUGAAGUUGAAAUACAAAUGCGAGAUAUUAAUAAAACACAAAAAUCCUAA